UAUACAGCCGCAUUCACAGUCGGGUGCCGUAUGAGUAACGGGAUCGGUUUAGGAAAAGUUUCAGGCGCGUGCGGUCUUUGCGAUAUUUAAAAAAAAACGCGGUUGUGUUUUUUGAUGGUCGUCUGUGAACGUGUACAAAAAUGAAGUGGACAGCGGCGUUGUUCUUCCUCAGUUUGUUUUCCUUAGGUGUAACAGCCGAAUCAGAUGGGGUCCCAUCAUUGGAGGUCAUGGCGAGGUCAUCAGUUUACAAUGUCGGCGAAAACAAAGUCAUCUACUGCAAGGGGCUAAAUCUACCAGAGAGAAUCGAAUGGUAUGCACCAAACCGUGAGAUCGUAGGCGAGCGCUCUACAGCAAAUUCCAGAAUAUUCUCGGAAAGGCUCAAGAACGAUACGCUAGCCAGCAGCCUGGUGCUGCUAUUCAUCAGAAGUUUCAAGAUUGAGGACAGCGGCAACUGGACAUGCAAAGCUGGCGAUCUUUUCGAGACUAUUCAGAUCAUUGUUGGUGAAAAAGUAAGCCUCAGUGCCACUCAGGAAACUUUCGAAGGCGAGGAGACAAAAUCGGCCAGGUUCGACUGCGCUGCCAAGGGAUAUCCACCUCCAGUCUUCCAGUGGUACAAGGAUAAUACGCCUAUUGUUGCGGACGGCAAAAAGUUCUUUUUAAGGAAAAAGGAAGACAACUAUCAACUGGAAAUCAGGAAUCUAUCACAUCAAGACACAGGGGAGUACACGUGCAAAGUGACGCAAAAGGCGCUGUCCCAUUAUGCGCAUAAACGCGUACUUCUCAACGUGCAACAUAAACCUCUUCUCUACGAUGAAUUUGAUAACACUCGCACCAUUUCAUAUUCGAGAUACAGAACUGAGGAGGUCUACGCAAUUAUAAACGCACCAAAGAACAUCACUUGCCGUGCCGUGGGCUACCCGGAGCCAAAAUUCGAGUGGUUCAGGCGAAACAAUGGCCACGACGAUCCCAUUACUGAUGAGGAUAUGAUCGCUAAUUCUCAAGAUGGCAGCAGUUCUACUCUUAUGCUGAGGAUGUAUGAUGAGGAAGCUUUGGGAGAGUACAAAUGUCUUGCCAGCAAUGAAAAAGGCCGUGUCUACGUCAUCUAUCACGUCCAAAAGGGGAACAAGCCCGAUAUGCCAGACCAUGUGAGUGUCGUGAGUGUUUCAACAACUAGUAUCACAUUCAACGUCUCUUGCUCCACGUGCAAUAUGGCGAUUGAAGAGGAUAAAUCUGAGGACCCACAAAACUUGACGAUUCUAGGAUAUACUUUCCAGCUUGUGCCAUACAAGAAAGGAUUCGUUGCGGAUUGGAAUUCAUCUGAAGAAUUUAAUGUGGAUAUUGAAAAUUAUACUUAUCCACAAACACUCUUCGUAGUAGAACCACUGGCGAACAAGACGACUUACCACGUCAGAGUAUGCACACGCAACUCUGCCGGGUGCUCUGACUUUCUGGAGUUAUCUUCCACCCCUACCACCGCUUUCGCUGAAAGACUGUUCCAUUCGGUUAUGCUUAUGCUUGGCACUCUAUUAUUGUUAAUGUUAAUUUAAGUUACUCGUAACUGCAACUGUAUGACAGAUCGUCACACUGAACGCGCGUGUACUUGUGUACGAUUUGUAGAGUAGGGAACUGUAUGAAGCAAAAUCACACAGCGGAGCGUAGAUACCAGCGCGCUACGUCAUUGUAGCGACAUCUGCAACAGUUCUGUGUUCCGAAGCCUUCACACAGUUCCUUGUAUUACAGUGUGCUUAGUAUGAAGUUUUAAAACAACGUUGAUAGAGUUCGUGCGUUGAAAUACUUCAGCGUUUAAUUAAAGUGGGUCUUAAUUGCCUUGUUUUAAAGCUCAAGUUCCAUAUAUCUACAACCAGCAUUCCAAGUGCAAACGUUGCUAAAUUUGACUUUAAGUUAAGGCACUUUAGGUCCAUUUUAUACUGACGUUAUUGUGUUCCGGUUUCGAAUUCUAUCAACGCUGGGUGAGAUGUAAAAUAUCACACUAAGCACACAAAAUUGUACCACUCUUGUAACUUUUAAGUAGUCCAGUUAAUGAAGUACCGUCGCGCGUUGUGUGUCUUAGGCUUAGGGAAUCUUAUAAUAUAAUUUGCAUAUAUGUACUUUUCUUGUAAAUAUUCUUGCGUUUUUUGUAAUUUAGAUUUUUACGGUGUUACUAGAAUCCGUUGUUUUCGAAUCAUGACUGACCCUUCUGCGCUAUAUAUCUCUCAAAUAUAAUUUAACUAAUAUAAUACAUGUAAUACUGCUUUCAUUUUUUCUUAUUUUAAUCAUAUAUGAAUUAAGAAGCUGGCGAACAAAAUGAUGUAGUUACACUCCUGAUCAAAUAACUUUUCUCUUUCAUCAGUACUUUUCACUGAAUACAAAUCUAAACUCAUUUCCAAGCAAAAUGGCCUAAAACUGUGCUAAAAAUGACUCCAAAAUCCAAUAAUUACACCGUUUUGUUCGUCAGCACCGCGAUUAUUGUAUUUUAUUUCCCCACUUGAUGGAUCACUUAUGUCUUGAAGGCAACGGUAUAAGAAUAUUGUUUAUUUAGUUUAAUCGCUAAGUUUUAAAAAUAAUUUCAGUCGAAAAUGAUAAUUCAAGCUUAAUAUAGAUAGGAAAUAUUUUAAUUAAGAGAUGUCUGUUGUUUCAAUUUAUAAAAGUGUUCAAUAUUUUGAAGACUGUGUGCUUAGUAUAAUAUUUUACAUCAUACAAACGUUUAUAGAAUUUCGAAACACUCCAGUGUUAAAGUAAAAUAGGGCUUAAUCUUCUAGUUUUAAAGCUCAAGUUCAUCCAUAUAUCAGUUUAUAUGGAUGUUUUAUGUCUGACCUACUAUAUCAGUUAAACAGCCAGUUUGUUAAUUUGAAUUAAGUAGAUUUAGGUCCAUUUUAUUGUGACGUUAUUGUGUUUCGAUCUCGAAUUCUAUCAACGUUGGGAGAGUUGUAAAUAUUUCAUACUAAGCACACUGGGUUGGAUUUUAUAAUUCAGGCAAUUGUACAGGUACAAAAGCUAUAUUGUAUCAAAAGACUUGCUACAAAUUACAUGAACGCGGCUACGAUUGGGCUACGACGUAAAUAUUAUGUAGUUAUGUCAAAAUUUGCUACGAAUAUUAAUCACGUUUACUGUUCAUUUAGAUAUUAUAUUUGUAAAAGAGCCAAACAAUAUAAAAAAUAAUAGUUUUUAACUUAAUGCGUGUAUUUGUAUCAAUAUAUUAUUAUAACAGAGGGAAAGAAAAACAAUCAAAGAGUUAAAAUUCUGUAUUAUGCUUGUAUACCUACUGUAAUAGGUAGUAGUCAUUAACAAAGUUGUGUUAACCCAUUUGUCAUCAUCAGUGCUAAGCUUUUAGCCUUACUUACUACACUUACCUUGAAGAAAGACGCUCUAACAAGAAAAUAGUUUAAUUAAUUAUUAUUGUACUUAUUGUACUAAAAGAAUAUUGUGACGUAGAUUUUCUACUCGCAGGCGACUGAGAACGUCCAAUGUCCAUAUUAAUUGUACUGAUUGCCAAUGUCAAAUCAUUUCAAAAUAUUAUAACUACCUACCAAAUAAUAAUAAUUAGUAAGAGGAACAUUGGUUUUCUUUGAAUGAUUUUAUCGUUAUUAUACCUGCCCAUACACUGUAUAAACCCAGUUUUCAUAUUUGUUAUGUCACUUUGUACAAGAGUGCUAGAUUUUUCUUAUAGCAUGUUAAGCUACAGCCACACCAGCGUGUCAUGAACACAGGAUGUGGAACGUAUCUACGACGCGAAUUUAUAUUGCAGGUGUAGUGGUCGCAUAGGUGUGCAUGGCGCCAUUUAAAUAUCAUGGGUGAAGACCGCCGCGCGGCUGACGUUCCCGUUUCGUAGUCGCUUUGGUCGCGCAUGUUCGGUGGUUUAUGGCGUGUCUAAAUGUAGAUAUUUGACAAUAAUCUUUAACAUCGUUAUUGUAACACCUACUAUCAAGACCUCACAAUUCAAAUUCAUUUUUUAAGAAGAACGUAAUUAUUGUUACAAUAAUAAAUAUGUUUCUUAGAAAUAAAAAAUAAAAUUUAAUAAAUGUUAAUUAUUAUUUAUACACGAUAUAGGUUUUUUUUUUAAAUCCUGUACGACUCUUUAAAAUAAGCCUAUUUAAAAUAAGCCUAUGACCAUAUCCGGGAUAUAAGAUGACUCUAUAGCAACUUUCGUCAAAUUUGGUUGCACGGAUGGGCCGUGAAAAGCUAGCAGACAGACAGACAGACACACAUUCGCAUUUAUAAUAUUAGUAUGGAUGAUUUAUUUUAUUGCUCUUUUAAUUAUAUGUUUUGUCGGCUUUACGUAACUAACCAAUGUAAAUAAUAAUAAAAGAAAACAUUUUUAGAUUAAGAGCUUAAAUGUCUUCUACCAAAAUAAAUGAGAGGUGUGUGAAAAAUUGAUUGGGCAUGCAUGCGAAGGUUCAAUUUAUGAAAACAAAUGAAUAACUCUAACAGAAUAAACCCCUUCUGUAAAGUUUUUAACCCAAAAUAUUAUGUUUUUGACUUCUGCCUGUAGCAACGAGCACCCCUGCUGUGUAACCGUUAGCAAUGAUUGAAACCGCUUAAUUUUCACCAAGACUUUGUCAGGUUACAGCUUGCCGUGAAGUCCUUCACUGAAAUCGCGUGCGAUGGAGUUAUAGUCAAAUCUCUGUGUUAGAAGGGCAGUUUCGCUACUGUUUCGCAAUUUAUACAAGUCAUGGCGGAACUUCAGUUAUUUCGCUACAUUGCGGAUUUGCAGCGGAGGUGUAUUAAGAUACAUUUACGCCAGAGCAUUCGUCACGUUAUGCGACAUUGCUGUAUACCCGUACCGUUUAGUACAAUAAUUUAAAUAAAAUAUACUAAGAAUCGUCAGCAGAGAUACGAUACGAUAUAUUAUUGUCUCGGCAUAAAAUUAACUGCCGCAUGCUGCUUAAAGCCACUUAAUUAAUAUUUCCACCUGUAUGUAUGCAUGCAUAACAAUGAAAGCAGAUGUUGAAACAACCUUUGCAGGCAAGCAAAAGCAGCGGUUAAACAACACGAUGACUUUAUUAUUAUUACAUCAUUGACACGUUUAAGUCUAAAAUAUAUUACCCAUGUCAUAUUUUGUCCCAUUGUUAAAUAUAUAUUUACAUUAUAUUUAUAUUAUAAUAGAUCGCACGUACAUAUAUUAAUAUUAAUGUUAAAUUUAUAACGUAAUAAGUUAUCAUGUAAUGGUUUCUAAUAAAUGGGAAGUUAAUUUAUAAUGUUGAGAAUUGAGAACUUUAAUUAUUAAAAAUUAACAAUGACAAUAUUUGUAUAUUCUGAAAUUUAGACUUUUUUGUUUUCUUAAGCCUAACGUCCAUAAGAUCUCCUAUUCGAGUUACGAAUGUUAGCCUGCCUAUUUAUUAUAUUACUACUAAAAUCACCGCGGAUUCGCUCAUGCAUAGUUACAUAAUUAUUAUGUAGGUAAUAUUAUAAGGGUGCCGACAUUCGGUGAUUCGGUGACCCAGUGGACGUUAGUCUUUGUAAAUAUAUUAUGUAAUAUUGAAAUUAUAAAAUAAUUUGCGCUCGCAAUUACAUUAACAAUUACACAGAAUAUCCGUCAAUUUUAUAUCAAAACUAUUAAUUAUUACUAGGCGUCUUUCAAUUGUAGGUAUUGUAUACAGGAAGACUGAAAUUUGUCUAUUUUUUUUGUUUUAUUUCUUUCAUUAGAUAUUAAUACUUAUAUAAACGUGGCUAACACAUAAAAUAUGAUUUUUAUGUUGGAUAUUAUUGGCACUAUUCAUAUGAAGAUAUAAACGAUUACUUACAUAAUUUUAAAUCUGUUUGUGCGUCAUCGUAGACCUUCAGUGUAAAGCCUGGCGUUCACUAGAGCAGAGUCGGAAAGCACUAAUUAAGUUAACUUGAAUUGAAGGGAAUAAAAAUAUGAUCGAUGCGACACAGCGCACCGCGGCAUUUUUGAUAAUAAUGGAUGCACUUUCACAAUAAAUAGGUAAAAGAAAAGGAGAAAAUUAAUGUGAUUCGAUUUAGCGAUCUAAUGGACGCUAGACUUUAGAAGUCAGCUUAAAAAGCAACUAUGUUUUUGAUUUAGCAACAGCUCCCAUAGGGAUAUUCUUUUCAACUGUCACAUAGUGAAAGUGCUCUUGAAGUUUUUGUUCUGGUGACCGGUAAACACAACAGAUCCUGAUUCUGCCUAAAAUAAAGGUGAUCUACAACA